AUGAGAUCUACCCUGUGGCGAAUUCGUUAUCAAGGGACUCCAUGCCAUGCAAGUUUGAUGUCUGCCUGUGACACUGCCCUAGGGCUCAUAGUCCCGAGACAGGUUCAUCGGUCUGAGUAUGCCAAUGAGGCAAAGUAUGGCAAAAUCUCGGCUAACGAAGCCAAGGUGUUGAGGCUUGCGCAUUCUGAUCAGUCCUCAGAUGUCGUCACAAGUACAUGUGGAUUUGAGUCCUAUGAGGGCAAACCUUCAGUGUUCCUUUUAGACAAUUGUAUAGGACCGGCCAAAACUCUUCUGGCUUGCAUUCCGAUACUUUAG